UUUGUGCAACGGGUGUUUGUGUCCCUCAAGUUGACCAUGGCAGGCUCGGAGAUGUUCAGAACUGCUCUUUUUACAAUCAACAACUUUCUGCAGCAAGAACAGCACAGAGCAGCUCUAGCUGUUAUGAAAGGUUUCAGAAAUGGCGCUGUAUACGGAGCUAAAAUCAGGGCACCACACGCUUUGGUUAUGACAUUUCUGUUCAGAAGUGGCAGUUUGAAGGAUAAGCUCAAAGCCAUUUUAAAGGCCACGUACACCCAUUCUAGGAACUUGGCAUACUUUGUGUUCACGUACAAAGGGUUGAAAGCUCUGCAGGAGAAGAUGCAGGGCAAGUCUCUACAGUCCCAUGCGUUUCUUGCUGCCUGCAUUGGAGGGUGGCUAGUUUUUGGAGACAAUAACAACAUCAAUAGUCAGAUCAACAUGUACCUUCUGUCUCGUAUCCUGUUUGCAUUGUCGCGUCUGGCUGUGGAGAAGGGAGUUAUACCCCAGCCCAAGCACGACCCCUUCCCCCUGUUUGCCACUCUGGUCUGGGGCAUCGUCCUCUGGCUGUUUGAGUAUCACCCACACACGCUCCAGCCCUCACUACAGUCAUCCAUGAACUACCUCUACCACGACAGCAACACGUGGCACGACAUCUCAGACUUUUUAAUUUUUAAUAAACCCAGGACUACUUCUUAAGAAGAAGUUUUAUCCCGUGUGGACCAACUACCUACAGCGCUGGCAGUGAGCUUUUCUGCCUUGCUUCUGCCUCAUUUAGUGUUGUAUUUUUUAUAGUAAUCAUAGUUUUGCUAUUGGUUAUUACAUUAUUUUGUUGUGUGCAUUUGAUUUACUAUUGUCAACACAAACCAAUUGCACUUUAUGUAAUAUAUUUUAGUGCAAUGUAGUUAAUAUACUGUGCUUUUUAAUUUUAAUAAUGGGUGAAAAAUAAAAUAUGGCAAAUAAUCUUAUGUUAAGCUCCUGAAAGUAAUUUAUAUCUUUAAAAAUGAUGUGAGUUAUAUUUAAAGGUGCAUUGUGUAACUUCUUUGGGUUUGUCAAAUGUUUUUUCUUCAGGGACAUGUUAUUGUUUUAUCUGGAAUGUUUCACAGUAUGGCAUUAAACCUUUCUAUCUUCAUGGAGGCCAAACCAGACCAAGUUACAGGUUAGAUCUGUGGAGCAGCACCCCCACUCACAGUCAGAAUUUUUUUUUCUUGUUUUUUUUUUGGAGU